UAGCAAAUGUUAAUCAACAGAAAUCACAUAUUUCAAUUUACAAUCCGACAUCAUAUUAUUAUACAGUACCUAAAGGCCUCAUACUAGGUACAACAACCGUUCCUACAUUAUCUUUUAGUAAAUGUACAUCUAUUGAUCAUCAAUUAGUUAAUGAUAACAUCAAUAAAUUAACUCGACAUAUUACAGAUUCAACAUAA